GGACAAAGAGAGUGGGACGGAGGGAGUACAAUUGUUUUAGAAUUUUAUUUUUCUUGAUGAAUAUUUUUAGAUAUAUUGUGGAACACAAAAGAAAGAUAAUAAAGGAGGUGCUCUGAAGUCACAAUUCUAACAUAUGAAAUAUUUUGGCUAAACCGGAUAAAAUUUGGCCCAAUUGGCACUCCAAUGCAGUGUUUCAAUCCAAUUUUUAUGUUGACCAAGUCACCAAAGGAAUAACAAAAUAUCACAAAGAAGAAAAGAAACUAGAAAGAAAGCAGCUCUAGAGUUCUAAAGGGUGAAGAUGUAUUCAUUCCUCUGCCAAUUCAAUUGUAACCAAUCCUGAUCAUUAGAGGAAGUUCCAGCAUCAAAUUUUAGCCAAUAUAGAUACACAUGCUCACGGAAGGCAAACGGGGGGCGGAUAUACGGAAAACAACAGAGAGGGAGAGAACAGAGCAGGGAGCCGGCCUAGGGUUCCAACCCCUAGGCCCAGCAGUCCAGCGGCGCGAUGGUGGCUUGAAUUCCGGCGAUGGUGAUUCCGAUGGCGGCUAGGUCCGGCGCGGCUGAACUCGGCGUUUUCUUGGCUUCGUACAGUGAGCAGAGGCAGAGGACUCAGGGGAGUGUUCAUCAUAAGAGGUCUGAACCAUUAAGUGCUGAACCAGAUUCCCAAUGCAAGAAACUUAGUGCACAUUUCAAAAUAGUUGAGAGAAAAGAGGGAUCCGGUAGCGAAGAAAAGAGACGGCACUUGCGCCAUUCUCCGCCUACAACGAGAAAUCCGGAUCGCAAGUUUCAUCAGAGUCCAGAUCGGAAAAAUCUCUCUCAGCAUCUAUAAAAGACGGAGAAGAACUCUGCAAUCGAACACACACACAACUCCAAAUCCGAAACCCUAGCCGAGAGAAACAGCGUAGCACUCCAGCUCUCGGACGCUGCAUUCCAGCAACUAGGUGACGCAUCUUGACAGUAGCGCACCGCAACUCGCACACACCAGUCUAAGCACUUAAAAUUAAUUACGAGAGUAUAGACUUUAUCCCUUAUGAUUUAGUUUUUCUUGGAUUAAUUGCUUAUUGUUGAUGGCAUCUACAAUUUUGCAAUUCCGUUUAGAACCAUUGGAAGUGCUUGAGAUGUUUUAAAUAUCUCAAUGUUUCAAACUUCAUUUGCUAUGCUGGGUGUUUCACAAUUCUACAUCAUGCUUGAGUAAAUUCAUGUGUCUUGG